AUGGAAAGACCACUUGUUUACUAUUCUGAAAUUUAUCAGCGUAAUACUUUAAUUGAGUGCUUUAGACAAAAAAAAACCGCAUAUAAGUUAUUAAAGGAUGCAGCAAAAAGUAAUGUAAUAGCAAUUUCUAUCUUGGCGAAUGUUUUGGGUGUGGUUGCCAAAAAUGACGAACACGAAGCCAUCAAAUAUUUUAAAAUUUCGUAUGAAAUGGGAUGCAUGUCUGCGCGUAAUAAUUUAGGCACAUUUCAUUAUAAAAGUACUGUAUUUAAAUAUUAUAAAGAAUCCACAAAACAUGACAUUCUACUUGGGCAAUAUAACUUUGCAACACUAAAUAAAAAUGAAACUAGAACAACGAGAAAUUCAAAAUUAGCAAAAUUUGGUAUCAAAAAAGCAAUGGAAAACGGGAAUGAAGAAGCCGCAAAAAUAUUAAAUGUGUUGUCAAGGUCAAACAGGCUAGUUAAAAAGAGAGCUCACCAUACGGGAUAUGCUCCAAAUAUCAUAAAGAGAGAUAUUAUGGAAAUUGCGAAGCAAAGCAAAGCAAGCCUGAAAAUAAUCUUUAAAAACACACCACAAAUGUUCAUCGAGGCUGGAUUUGCUUCAACCUCUGCAUCAAUUUUUAAUGAACAAGGUGGUUUCGAAAAAUUUAUUGAUAGCGUAGGAAGAAUUGCUCGUGGACUUGCAAAAUUACAUAAAUUUGGGCUGGUUCACCGUGACCUUCACAGUGGAAAUAUUUUGCUACUUUCUGCUUCGUAUGUGUCAGUGAUUGAUUUCGGAUUAUGUCUUCCCACAAACGAGCCACUAAGCGAAAUAAACGAUGUAAUGCUGUAUAUCGCAUAUGAAAUGCUGCUAGAUCAACUGGUAGAAAUAAUUUCUAGUUGGAAAAUUAUUCAGAAAGGCAUAUCUAACUACUGCUUUGAAGCAUUCCAUGAUGAAUGGAAUUCUGUAUUCAAAGAAUCUGAUCGUAAAAUGUUAGAUGCCAUGAAGAAAUUAGAUAUAAAAAAAAAAUCAUACCAUCCGGAUGCAGUCUAUACAAGCAGAUCCUUAAGCUCUAACCCGAAAUCUACAUAUGGAAUUUAA